AUUCAAAUAGGUUUUAUUUCUGAAGUCCAAUAAACAUAUAGUCCAAGUAUAGUUUUGUUAUAAUUAUAGAUGUUAAUGUAGGUGCUGAUAGCAAAGAUAAAUAGUUCUAUCUGCCUGAAGGAAUUUAAUCUAUUCAGAAGUCACAUGGCUGGCCUUGAAAAUGAGAACGUGCAUACGAUAAGUACGAAAAUUCAAAUAACUCGUGAAAACCCACCACCACAACGUACACAGUAUGAUUCAACAAGAGUGCAACCAGUCGAUAUAGAAUUGCAAUCUCAUAUCGAUUUUGAACCAGUCGAUAAUCAGAUCAGCUGUGAUAGUUUAGACGUGGAAGAAAUGAGUGCAACAAAACAACAACAAAGUAAAUUAGGGGGAGCGGAUAAAGAGAAAAAGCCCAAAAAGGGACCUCGACCUCCGCCUCCCCCUGGAUUAAAAGACGAUCUAACAACAAUUGCACACGUUAGUGUUGUGAUUUUUGUAGGACUUAUUAUAUAUUUAUGUUUUGCACGGCCGUUUGAAUUCUUCACGUGGCAUCCUUUAUUAAUGUCUAUAGGGUGGAUGCUUAUGAUGAUAGAAGGCGUCCUCUUCAUAUCCAAAGAAAACCCAGUAGGACGAAGACUGAACUUGGGCCGUCUUUUAAAAGUUCGUUACCAUUGGAUAGCUUUAACAAUUAGUUCAAUUUUAGUUACGAUCGGUUUUAUAAUAGUAGUUAUAAACAAAAACAACAAAGGCAAGGAACAUUUUAAAUCAUUACAUGCGAUUUUCGGCCUCAUAGGUUUAUUAGGAUGUAUACCUGCCUUAAUAAAUGGUACUGUUGCUUUAUUCGAUGUCGAACUGAAGCGCUAUAUUAAGCCAGCUUUAAAUACAGCUAUACACGUCGCCAGUGGCAGUGUAGUGGUCAUUUUUGGAGGAUUAUCCCUAAUUUUGAGCGUUUAUACGAAUUGGUUUAAGAAAAACUCAGAUAAUAAUAAGUAUUUGUUCCUGAUAGGUUUAAUUACUUCUAUUUAUAUAUUAGGUUGGGUCGUACAAAGACCUAUACGAAAAACAUUGAGGAAGUUUUUUAAAUUCGAAAAUAUAUGAUAAUUUAACUCUAAAGUAUUACAUGGAAAUUGCCCAAACUGAAACAAUGAUACUCUGUUCCUAUUUUAUAAAUAAAUAUUUUUUUUAUUUAAA